AUGGAGUCGAAUCAGACAGACGAGGAGGCAGAUCUUUACGACUUGCUGCAUCUGACACGCGCUGCUACCGAUGAGGAGAUUGCUGCAAGUUACCGCCGUCUCGCGCGGCUCUUUCACCCGGAUAAGGCGUCAGAGGGGCCCCCCGAUGGGCCCCUUCAUAGAGGGCGUUCCCACGGGGGAAAUUCUGAAAGUUACGCCUCCAGUGGGGGCCUUCCCAUGGCGUUUGUGCGGCUCAAUCACGCCUACUCAAUCUUGAGAAACCGAACGCUUCGAGACAUCUACGAUCUGGAGGGCUUGGAAGGUGUAGCGGUAGCUGAGCGGCUCUUAAGAGACGAACAAGCCAAAGCUCUUCAACUCGCCGUUCCGCCGUCCAGCGCCUCCCUCCACGAGCGCGUGUCUGCUGCUUUGCGACAACAACGAGAGCAGCACAGCCCGCUGCGGCUGACAGCCGCUGCAGAGCUGCCGUAUACGCUCUUCUUCUUUGACUCCCUGUACAAGCGACGAGCUCAUGCCGCUCUCAAGAGACUUGGCAUAAGCAGCAAGAGCAGCAGCAGCGAGAAGCCCACGACCAGCAACAGCGGAGAUGAGGACGAUUACAGUCUGCAGCAAAUGCAGUUGCAGGAGUAUCCGUCAUCGGCUUCUCCAGGGAGCCGAGAGGAGCGUUCCCUUAUUCAGCUGGCAGAUGCAGCCCAAAUAGAAAGGCAGAGAAAUAGAGAGAGAGAGAGAGGAAUGCGAGUUUGUCCUUUGUGCAAGUCUCUCAGAGGCGCUAUACGGCCAGGUGCGAAGGUAGGCGCCGCAGACCUCGCCAGCGAUGCCUCUAGCCCCCUCCCUCUAGUCUUAGGCAGUGUGUGUAAAAGUGCCCUAACAAGCGGCGCAGCCCACCUCAUCAGUGUAGCUAGUCUGAGGCAGCCUUAG